AUGGAACAUACUAACAAAUCCCGAUUUACUGACCUUAUAGAUGAACCUAUAGAUCGCUUGUUACCACCAAUACGAGGUCAACAAAACCAGCCACUUGUUUCAUUAAUAGAAGCAAUGCAACCCGUUUCCAGCUUUUUCAAUGGAAUUAAAGAUAAAAUAAUGAUCGCAUUAAAUAAUUCUCAAAAUCCUACAGAUGGAUUAACUCAAGAAGAAUCAGCUUCUAUUCAAUUAUAUACUAUGCAAUUUGAUGACGGACCAAGUCUAUUUGAAUUACUUAAUCAAUCAUUACGUUCUGAAAAUCGACAAAAUUUGAAACCAUGGUUUCCUUAUCUCAAACUAUUUUGUACUGCACUUUGUAAACUUCCAUCACAGAAAACAAAAGUAUGGCGUGGAGUUCGUGAUGUUGAUUUGAGUGCGAAAUAUGAAAAGGGUACAAUAUUUGCUUGGUGGGGUAUUAGUUCUUGUAUGACUGAUAUGCAAACACUAGAAAUCAGUCAAUCUUUUAGUGCACAAGAACAAAACACGUUAUUUUCGAUUGAAUGUAUCAAUGGAAAAUCUAUUUCACAACAGUCAUAUUUCAAAAAUACGGAGCAAGAAAUCAUUCUCAUGCCUGGUUCCUAUUUCGAAGUAAUUGAUCAAUUAAAUUCAGCCACUGGACUGCAUAUUAUAGGGCUAAGAGAAAUUACAACAUCGAUGACACUUUUUAAACCAUUAUUUGCUAUAUGGAACGAAGAAACAACUUCAUCAGCCAAAUAUCAGUCAAGCAUAUCUUCUUCAUCAACAUCAACUGGAAUACCAUCGACAGCAUCCAACUACCGUGUUUUAGAGCAAAUGACAAAAGUUCCUAUGUACGAAGGUCUAUUUUCAGCAGUGGCAUUAACAAAAGAUUAUAUGGUUCAGUGGGCAGCAAAUAAUGUCUAUGCUGAUGAAGCACUUAUUGUACCAUUUCCCAGUUUAGCUAUAUUUGAUCCAGAUACAAAGCUUUGGCAUAUUCACAUUAAAGCUUGGUUAUAUUUACCAUUUGAAAUUCAAAAAUUCAAAAACUAUUUAUCAUCAUUACCUAGUAUUUUAACUGGGAAAACUGAAGAAAAGUCUGAAGAUUCUAUAAAUCAAAACACUAAGAAAACUGAUGUACUAAAAAACUUGAAAACUCUUGUUCUAAGUGAAGCAAGUAAAUAUAAAAUGAAGGAAGAAAAAUUAACUACUGACAAGUGUAUAGAUGAAGAUGCUCAAUGUUUUGAUAAAGCAAAAGAAAAGCCAGAUCGAUUAAGUUUAUUUUUUGUUGGAACACCAGCUAAAGCUGCAAUUAAAUGUAUUAUUCAUGAUAUUGAACAUUUAACAAAAACAUCUGAUGAAUAUGGUUUAGUAGAAGAAAAACUUGAAUUACCUCAUGAAAAAAUACAAACAAUUUCAAAAGUAAUUCAUCCUGAUUCUGAUGAUCGACAAUUUGAUUGUGAAAUUCGAACAUGUAUAUCGAAAACUGAUACGAAUUCGGAUACUUUGAAAACACAAAAAUGUACGAUAUAUAUUCUUGCAUCUCAAGGUAUUAGUGUUAUAUCCGAUAUUGAUGAUACAAUAAAAAUUUCGAAAGUUUUAAGUAUACCAUCAUUAUUAAAAAAUACAUUUUAUGAUGAUUUCAAACCUGUUAAUGGUAUGAAUGAACUUUAUCAAAAAUGGCAUCAACAAAAAUGUCAAUUUCAUUAUGUUAGUGCAAGUCCAUGGCAAUUGAAAUAUAUUCUUGUUGGAGAUUCAGGAGAACAAGAUGCUGAAGUUUAUGCUGAACUAUACAAUACGUUUUCUCAAAGUAUUGCUCAUAUUUUUAUUCGGGAUGUUUGUCAAACAACUAAAUGUUUACCACAAUGUCAAGAACGAUAUAUAAAAGCAUUCAAAGAUGUACCAAAACGUAAAUGGACUGUUUUUAAAAAUCCUAAAACUCUAGAAACAAAUAUUGAAAAAAUAAUUGCUAUAUAA